UUUCCAAUAACAAUUUGACAAAACCGCACUCUCUCUCUCUCUCUCUCUUCGUCAUUGCCACCAUUGACACUUUAAACAGAACAAGUCUUGUGUUUGAAUCUUUGCUUUUGUUUUGCCCAACAAAACUAAAAUGAAAAUUUUGACAUGAGAACAUUCUUCAUCGGAAUCUUAUGGCUUCUGUCUUCUCUCUUCUCAUAUUUUUCUUCGUUGCUGCUCUUUCAUCUUUCAUUUGUAAAUCUAACGAUUUCAAUUUGACCCCUAUCAAUCAUGAUCUCUACCAUUCUAGUGUUGAUUUGUUGGAGCAGAUUAAGGCAUUGGUCCACCGUCACCCAGAUAAACUCACAGUGGAGACAAUUGAUACAAGAAAUAAAGGUUACCAAGCACAGAUCACAGUAGUUACUUAUUGCAGAAGUGGCAAAGAGAGUGAUGACAGGUCUAAGUUUCGGAUCCUUCUUAGUUUUGGGCAGCAUGGGAGGGAGCUCAUUACAUCAGAACUUGCAUUGCGGAUCUUGUCUAUCUUAAGCGAAGAGCAGUUUUUGCCCAAUAUAAACUUGGCUUCCUUAAAUAGUACUCUUGACAACCUUGUUAUAAAGGUUGUACCCGUGGAAAAUUUGAAUGGUCGGAGAAGUGUUGAAGAAGGGCAUCUUUGUGAGAGGAGAAACGGAAGAGGAGUUGAUCUUAACCGGAAUUGGGGUGUUGAUUGGGGUAAAAAAGAGAAGGAUUAUAACCCAUAUGAAGAGAAUCCCGGCACUUCUGCUUUCAGUGAGCCUGAAACUCAAAUAAUGCGGAAACUUGCCCUAUCAUUUGAUCCACACAUAUGGGUUAAUGUGCAUUCUGGAAUGGAGGCUUUAUUUAUGCCAUAUGACCACAAGAACACAACCCCAGAUGAAUCACACUCAUGGCAUAUGCGGUCUUUACUUGGUGUACUAAACCAAGCUCAUUGUCACGAGCGUUGCAUGAUUGGUUCUGGAGGAGGUUCUGUUGGAUAUCUUGCGCAUGGGACUGCCACAGAUUACAUGUAUGACAUUGUAAAAGUGCCUAUGGCUUUUACUUUCGAGAUAUAUGGAGAUGGGACAGCCUCACCAAAAGACUGCUUUAAAAUGUUCAAUCCAGUUGAUCUCGCUACCUUUAAUAGAGUUCUCAAUGAUUGGUCUGCUGCAUUUUUCGCGAUUUUUAGACUGGGACCGCUCCAACUAGAUGAUACCCAAUCAAAGGCCGUGACGUCCAGAAUGGACAAGUGGGUAUCCAUAGACGAGUAUCUUGAUGGGUACUUGAUGGAAAGAAGAAACAGAUAUGGUAAGAAAAUGGAAGUGCUUGAUGUUGGGAUGCAGGAGAUAAGAACAUAUUUUAGGCUCUUCUUGUUAUCCUCAGUUUUGUUGUUAUUCAUGUUCUGUUCUAGAAUUUCAAAAGCCAAGUCUAGACCUAUUGUUUCAGCUGUUCCCCUCUAACUGUGUAUGAUUCUUGAUGUGCAAGACACAUUUUAGGUUUGGAUUUUGUAAUUAAACAGCAUUCUUUUUCCACAAAGAAAUAGGUAUUUUUGUCUUCAAUGAA